AUGAGUCUUUUAACUCGCUGUGUGGUAUUAGAUAGAUUAAGUCUGAAUGUGUGUGGUAGUGGUAGGUGUACGGGGAGGAAUGGGCUGGUAGUUACAUCAGGCAUCGGUAACAAGCCAAUACGCCAUAUAAAUAUGUAUGUUGUGAUGAAACAAGUACGGUAUUACCAUGGAAGUUGGAGCUUCCAUCAUAGUAUUCGAAGGGAAAAACCGGAUGAAAAAGUAGCGAAGCUGGGAUUUGAGCAGUUUUAUCAAUUACGUUCAAAUGUGGAAAUGUUAAUCCAAGAUUAUGCGAAGAGACGUCUACCUCCAAUCACAUAUGACUUUUUGACUCAAUAUAUUCCUCCUCUUUCAGAAAAUGAAAAGUACGUAUUCACAAUUAAGGUUGUGAAUAUUCUACUGACUUUGACAUGCCGUAGACUAGCUGCGAUACAAAGAUUACCGUAUAUUGCUGUAGUUAAUCCGAACAUUGAAGAGUCCAAUCGACUAUAUCUAAAAACCUUGGAGUCGUUGCUGUCCAUUGAGAUGCCAUAUGGAUUAAAUGACAGGGAACUUAUGCAAUCAAAGUUGAGGGAUUUGCUAAAUGAUCACAACGAUACUUUGGCUACUCUUGCGAAAGGACUUCAGGAGAUAAUGGAUUUCUAUCCAAAGCAGGAUGUCUUUGACUUCUUAAAUGCACAUCUAAGGGACAGGUUAUCGAUGAAGCUGUUAUCCACUCAUUAUCUGAGCCUGAUUUCACAAAAGGAGUUUACAGAUUCUAUUGGCGUGCUACAUAGAAAUCUUAAUAUUGCGGAUCUUAUAAAGCGGACACAAGAAUUUGUUGGCGAUCUAACGUUUGUGAAAUACGAUAAAAUCGUCCCGGUGCAAAUACUAUAUGGGCACGACGUCACCUUUCCCUGCAUCCCUCCAGAUCUGGAAUAUGUUUUCCAGGAGAUCAUAAAGAAUAGCGCCAGAGCUCACAUUGAGGCAAGUACACCAGGCAACGAUGUCGCGGAAAAGCCCAUAGAGGUCACAAUUGUAAGAUCCCAUGAAGAUUUGGAGGUCAGAAUUAGGGACUUUGGUGGGGGAAUUCCACCUGACGUUGAAGACAAGAUGUUUGACUACAGUUAUAGCACAUCAGAAAAAGAUGCCAAGGAUACCGGCAUGAGUGCAUACAUUAUUCCGGGGCAAGAUGUGUCAAAUGUUUCUGGGAUGGGCUUCGGACUACCCCUUUGUAAGGCGUAUCUAGAGAUGUUUAAUGGGCAAUUAGACAUCCAAUCACUCUGGGGAUGGGGUACAGACGUAUACAUCAAACUUAAGGGUCCCAAAAAGGAGCUUUUAACAUGCUCUAAGUGA